CAUAAAAGUGUGAGAGCUAGCCAAAAGGUGUUAGAGCAAGAUAUCAGUGUUUUUUUUAUGCAAUCCACCCGCAACCGGUGCCGAAGUUUGUGAAAGUGUUUUGCGUAGCCAACAGCAGAACAACAGUGUGAUCGACGUGUACGUGUGAAGGCAUCCCACAUCCCGAUCGCCUUAUUCUCUUCAAGUUCCAGGACGCUUGGGCAGCCACCGAUCGUCGCUGCGAAGGAUCGAGCACUCCACACUCGAAAGCAUUUCCCUGUAUCUACACAAAUCGUAAGACAUGGCCAAUCUGAUGACAGUGCGUCUCCAGCGUGGUGAGGGCCAGGCCUGGGGCUUCCGGCUGCAGGGUGGCAAGGACUUCUCCGCACCCCUAGUGCUACAGAGAGUUAACGGUGGCAGCGUGGCUGAUCAGGCCGGUCUGAUGGCCGGUGAUGCGCUGAUCAAGGUCAACGCGACGGAGGUCUUCAACAUGCGCCACAAGGAGGCCCAGGACGUGAUCGUCGCUGCUGGAAACACGUUCGAGCUGACCGUCUCAAGAGGAGGAGCCACCUGGAAGCCGUCCGUCACGCCGACUGGAUCGCUGCCGUCGCCUUCUCCAUCUCUACCGGGCAACAUCACGCCGGUCACACGUACUUCGCUGGCCGCAACGCCUCAGGAGAUGAAACCCAUCGGCAGUGGUCACAACACCGCCGCCAAGCCAUUCGCUGCUGAAUUGAAUGGAAACGAUGGACAGAUCAAGAGCAUCGUCAACAACCAGUACAACACCCCGGUGGGUAUGUACAGCGACGAGACCAUCGCCGAAACGCUGUCCUCCCAGGCGGAAGUCCUCGCUGGAGGUGUCCUCGGAGUGAACUUCAAGAAAAACGAGCGCGUCUACUCCCCGGCCAACUCCGAGGUGUAUAAGAUGCUGCACGAGCAGGGUGACGAUCCCGAACCAGCGCAACAACAACAGCAGCAGCAGCAGUACCAGCAGCAGCAACCACAAUCACCACUGCAAGCGCCACACCACCUCAGUAACAGUGGCAGUGGCACAAACACGGUUACACGCCACGUGAUGGCUCCCGUCGACCGCCCGGUGGCUCCCGCCAGCAAUGGACUCCCGCCGGGUCAGAACAUUUGCGCCUCGUGCGAGCGUUUGAUUGUGGGCGUGUUCGUGCGCAUCAAGGACAAGAACCUGCACGCCGACUGCUUCAAGUGUGCCACCUGCGGCACGUCCCUGAAGAACCAGGGCUAUUUCAAUCUGAACGACAAGCUGUACUGCGACAUCCACGCCCGGCUGGCGGCCCUCAACAGCCCGCCGCCUGGCAUGAACGGCAUGGUGCCGGUCACUGUCACGAAACCGGGCCACAAGACCGGCGUGCAAGCCAUCUCCGCCGCUCUCAACGCUCACGCCAACCUAAACGGCCGCUCGCAGUCUCCGUACGGCAACCCGGGUGCGCUCGGUCCCAGCCAAUCGCCCUCACAUUCGCGCUCGAGCAGCACGACCUCAUCGAGCGGAUACUGCAACUCGAGCUCGCUAUCGCCGGUGCAAUCGAACAAGGUGUCCCCGUUGCAUUCGCGCACCAGCAGCGAGAACGAGCUGAUCGACCGCAGCCACAGCAGCAACAGCAGCACCAGCAGCAACAGCGCUUUCGAGCUUUCGGGCACCAGUUUUCCGUCACCACCGUCACCUUUGCCGCCACCACCGCCACCGCUAGCGAUGGAGGAAAGCACAUUCCGGUCGGAAAUGGCCGCCGGAAGCGAGCCACCACCACCACCAGCACCAGCACCAGCGCCAGCGCCAGCAGUGUUUGGUGCAAACGGUUUAGCCGCUCCGGUGGACGAAAGUGCGAUCUCCGAACCAGAUGGAGCCACUGAAGCCAAUGGCACGGUUACGCAAAACGAGUUUGGGUUCUACUACCAAACGUACGGUGGUCGCGUUAUUCGCAGCGUUUUACCUCCGGGCAAGAACGCCAGCUACAAGGUGAACCAGAACAACAUCACGCCGAAGCCGUUCGGAGCACCACUUCCGAUGAGUCCGUUGGCUCAGGUGCAGCCUCCGGCAUCGUAUCCUCCCGUGGCCGGAAGUGUCCCGACGCCAUUUUCGGCCGCUCUCGUCGGAGCUGCUGCCCCUGCGCCAGCUCCGGCUCCUGUUUCCGUACCGGCCCCAACUCUGGCCCCAGCUCCAACUGCGGCUCCGGCCAUGGCUCCGCUCGCUCCGGCUUCCGUGCCAGCUCCACAAGGUCCUAACAUGUUCAACAAGGGUCGUGCGGCGUGCUCUACUUCGGCCCCGAAUCGUGGACGGGGCGUGAUGAAUAAGGCUGUUGGACCGGGCGGAAGAGUCCCGCUGUGCGGAUGUUGCCAGCAGCAGAUCAGAGGACCGUUCAUCACUGCGCUUGGUCGCAUCUGGUGUCCGGAUCACUUCAUCUGCCACAACGCUAACUGCAAGCGUCCGUUGGCCGACAUUGGUUUCGUUGAGGAGAAGGGCGACUUGUACUGCGAGUACUGUUUUGAGGAGUUCUUGGCCCCACCGUGCUCGAAGUGCAAUGCCAGAGUUAAGGGCGAUUGCCUGAAUGCGAUCGGCAAGCAGUUCCACCCGGAGUGCUUCAAGUGCACGUACUGCGGCAAGCAGUUCGGUAACAGCCCGUUCUUCCUGGAGGAGGGCGAUCCCUACUGCGAGAAGGACUGGAACGAUCUGUUCACGACCAAGUGCUUCGCUUGCGGAUUCCCCGUCGAGGCCGGUGACAAGUGGGUGGAGGCGCUGAACAACAACUACCACAGCCAGUGCUUCAACUGCACCAGCUGCAAAAAGAACCUCGAAGGACAGAGCUUCUUCGCCAAGGGUGGACGUCCGUUCUGCAAAAACCAUGCUCGCUAAGAACCGAGAGCCGGAUUCCCAUCCAUCCCCAAAUACCCCUCAACACAGCAGGUAAACGCGUUUAGGUAUCACCUUCACCUUCAUUUAGAAAGCGUCAUUUUACGACAACUCAUGGCACAACUGACGAACGAAACCAAAAAAAAUACAAUGUGUCAAACCGAACAGGCGAACGUUAAGCUACGGAAGCCAAUUCUACCAACGGGGAGCAACACGUGCUCCAUCCAGCGGCGUGCCUUGCGUGCAAGAUUGCGCGGUGAAACGUUUCAUCGGCGUGAAACAUUUCACGCGGUGUGAAACUUUUCAAGCUCAAUUUUCUUCACUUUUUGCGGUCAAGAAAAGUCGUUUAGCUUACGGGCACAGUUAUUGUACAUUAGCGGCAGGAUAUAAUGGGAUGGUGUGACGGGAUAUAAGGUAGUGAGAGAUGACAAAGAGAGAGAGAGCGAAUGAGGGAGAAAACGAAGUACAUAGGAGACAGUCGGGUAAGGAUUUAAAAAGGAAGCGCUGCUGAAGGUAUGAGAACGACAUCAAUGGUUGAAACGCGUGUGACAGAGAGAUGGGAAAAUCGGUGUUGCAGGGCCCACAGCAUAACUAAGAACAUCGCAGAUUAAUCGUAGAAUCAUAGGAAGCUUUCUAUCUUAAACAAAAAGUUUAAAUAAUUGAUGUUGCUAGGUUAUUACUUCCCCAAUACAGUGCAUCCCCCAGGGCUUUCCGGUACACUAGCAUCGCCAAAUGGCGUGCUCUCGAAAUGCAUUCAUCAUACGAUAGUUCACAACAGCUCGACAGCGAACGCACGGAGUCCAGAAUUCGAGGCUCGGUUUGUUCUCUACGUCCAACACAAGAAGCACAAAAAACAGGAACCUGGAAAUUUGACAGCAUGAAAUCAACCGUUGCCAACGCUCUUAGGUUCUAUUUUCACUCGUGAGAUAAUGUUUAGAAGAAGAAUCGCAAGCAUCGCUACUUUAUUUUUCUCUUUGUGUGUGAUACAAAUAUAAUUUUAUUUAUUUAUGGCCUAUGUUGCUGAAAAAUAAAACAUUAUGUAUUGCUGAAUAAGCAAGUACAGAAAAAUGGUCUAUGAAUUCAAUUAUUUGUGCAUUGUUCCGAAACAUCAAAUGGAUAAAAAACGGCAAAGCAUUCGUACGUUGAGCGUAUCUGUAUCGAAUCAUGAAUUCAAUUGCACGUGUUACGCAUUCAACACACUUUAA